GUAGCAAUUGCUUUGUUAGUAUCAACACCAUCGCUUCACCAGAUUGGAGUCAGGUUGAUUGAUGCAUCGGUUUGCAUUGAUAGAGAUGCGGCGGUGAAAUACCACACACUCAGAACGAUUAACUCCCAAAUACUCCCUCCUGUCUUUUAGCGUGAAAAUGACGACAACGACGACAUUUCAAGGAGUGGAGCCCAAUGCUAAAAGCAGCUCAAGGGUUCUGCGGCCUCCCGGCGGUGCUUCCAACAUAUCCUUCGGCACUGAUGAGGAGAAACCUCCUGCCCGGAAAAAUAAGAUGGCCUCCAGUGUUUUCGCUGAGCCAGAAGACCCCUACGCUAACAGAAGGAACAACCCACCAGGUGGAAAGCCCACGGGUGUGCUGUGUGGUGAGCCGUCAGCCCCCCUUAGGAGAGGAGCUAACCAAGGCAUGAACCCCUCUGCAGACAUGGAUGGAGACACGCCUGUAUGCGACAAUGGACGUGACGGCGCUGAGACUGAAGCAGAGCGCCAAGACGACGCUCCCCCAGCUGAGGACCCUGCUGCAGGUCUGCCCUCCUCUGGACGAAGGAAUCCACCUGGUGGAAAGUCCAGCCUCAUCCUGGGUUAAAUCACGGCCUUUCCUCCCCGUUUCUCUUAGCUCAUUCUUAACACAAACUGGGAAACCCCGCCCCCAUUUAUCAGUCCCCUCUGAUGUCUCCCUAGUGCCAGUCUUUUCCACAUCUCAAGUGCAUUGUUUUGAUACCUCCUAUUAAGAGCCAUUUUGUACUGUUAUUUAUUUUUGACAGAAGCACUUUAUGUAUUUCCAAGUCAACCAUUCAAAACCGGUCGGUCCUUGUAUUGACGCUCCGAGAGGAUCAAUCACCGCUCAUUUGUUAGGUACGACAGCACAAACUGCAGGCGACUACUUUUAAAUUGUUCCCUUUUCUCCCACCUUGCAUGCACGUUUGUUCUCAAAUCUUUCAAAACAAAACAAAAAAACACAACUGUGAUCUUCGAAACCUGUUUUUCUUUUUGUGUUGGUCGUCCACUGUGGGAAAACAUGUUGUAUUGUAACUGCAUGAAGUUGUGACCUUUCUACUGGUCAACAUAGUGUUAAAGGAUCCUCAUCAGUAAUCUGACGCCGUUUUCUAUGCUAUCGUGACUUUGUUUUACACCAUGUUAUUUUUAUUGCUCAAAUUUUCUCCUCUUAAAUGUGCCUCUUUGUGUUUAAAGCUACACACUCACACAAGGUGGAGUUUUCUGCUAUCAGUUAUUGCAAUGCUUGUUUACACUGCAAGCCAGGACAUUGUUGUUGUUGGUCCUCAUGUGAAAAACCUGUCCUACUUUUGACAAGUGACCUUAAGACACAGUUCACACUUUGUUUUUUUUUUUGGUUUUUUUUUAUCUUACUGCCGCGACAGACAUCUGUUUCCUGCUGUCAAUCCUGCUGUCAUUGCCUUUUUUUGUUAUUUUGUACUUCAUGCUGGAUGUUCAGUUGCUUGCAAACAUUUGAAUUCAAGAAAUGGCACAAGUGGAAAAUAGACAUUAAACAUCAAUUUAGACCAUGA